AGCCACUCUGAAGAACAGCACAGCUGAGUCUGGAUCUGAACGUGGUCUCCAUCAGCACCAGUGCUUCUGCUCAGGCCAGGACUGAAGGAAACAGAAGUGCAUAGAGUUCAGGAAAGACUGUUGGAGGAGAGAUACGCUUCAGACUGUAGAUAAGUCACUGAACUGAAAAGCAGGUGAAACGUAGAGUGAACAGAAGUGUUGCACGUGAAAUUCAGAAGGGCAGAAGCAACUUGACUACAUCUCAGACAAUGGCACCACGUCCAAAGCAUGAGCAUGAAUCUGACGAAAAACAACCAGAAACACUUGACGGUGCCAGAAAGAAGUCUCUGUCUAUGGCUCCGGCUGUUUCUACAGCGGCUCUGAUUGAGGAUGAUCCCUGGGAAAUGAUGGAGCUGCAGGACACCGGGGUGAAAUGGGCAGAUCUGGACACUAAAAAGAAGGUCCUGAGAGUUUUUACUACAGCAGCAAAACUGAUCAUGCUGCUUGGUUUGCUCUACAUGUUUGUUUGCUCUCUGGACGUCCUAAGCUCAGCUUUCCAGCUUGUUGGAGGAAAAGCAGCAGGGGACAUUUUCCAGGAAAAUAAGGUGCUCUCAAAUCCUUUGGCAGGCCUGGUAAUCGGGAUGCUGGUCACUCUGCUAGUCCAGAGCUCCAGCACAUCCUCAUCUAUUGUGGUCAGCAUGGUCUCUUCUGGAAUGCUGGAGGUCGCAACUGCUGUUCCCAUCAUUAUGGGCACAAACAUCGGCACAUCCGUCACCAACACUCUUGUAGCCAUUACACAAGUUGGGGACAGGAACAAGUUCCGUAGGGCAUUUGCAGGAGCCACUGUGCAUGAUUUCUUUAACUGGCUCUCAGUCCUGGUGCUGCUGCCUCUGGAAGUGGCCUCGGGUUACCUGGUCAAGGUUACGAGCCUCAUCGUGAAAUCGUUUAACAUAGAGAGUGGAGAAAAUGCACCAGCUCUCCUAAAUGUUAUCACCGAUCCGCUCACCCACUCAAUCAUUCAGCUGGACGAGACUGUGAUAAGCGGCAUUGCGGUUGGCGAUCCCGAAGCCAGAAAUAAAUCUCUUAUCAAGGUCUGGUGCCACACAGCCUCAAACACGACUCUCCAGAAUGUGACCACAACAAACUGCACUGAUCUUUGUUGGGAAUUGAAGAAUGUUACAGAAAUUAUAAAUAUUAAAAAAUGCAGUCACAUUUUCGUGAACACGAGCCUUUCGGACCUGGCGGUGGGUCUGAUUCUGCUGGCGGGUUCUCUGCUCAUUCUGUGCACUUGCCUCAUUUGUAUUGUGAAGCUGCUGAAUUCGAUGCUCAAGGGACAGGUUGCUGUUGUGAUCAAGAAGAUAGUGAACACAGAUUUCCCUUUUCCAUUUGCUUGGCUGACUGGAUAUAUUGCAAUUCUGGUUGGUGCGGGAAUGACUUUUAUUGUCCAGAGCAGUUCCGUCUUCACAUCGGCUAUAACUCCUCUUGUUGGUAUAGGUGUUAUAAGUAUUGAAAGGGCAUAUCCUCUAUCCCUGGGAUCCAAUAUUGGAACAACUACUACUGCAAUAUUAGCCGCCAUGGCUAGUCCUGGUGAAACACUGGGAAACUCAUUACAGAUUGCAUUGGUUCACCUCUUCUUCAACUUAUCCGGGAUAUUGUUGUGGUACCCAAUCCCCAUCACACGAAUCCCCAUCCGACUGGCAAAGGGUCUUGGUGAAACAACAGCCCAGUACCGUUGGUUUGCAGCCUUUUACAUCAUCGUUUGCUUCUUCGGUUUGCCUCUACUGGUCUUUGGUCUCUCUAUGGCCGGCUGGAAGGUACUCGUGGGAGUUCUUGUCCCCAUAGCAGUUAUUCUGAUCUUCGCCAUCAUUGUCAACAUUCUGCAGAAGCACAAACCUCAAUGGCUUCCUUCUGCUCUCCGGUCUUGGGAUUUCCUUCCUCUAUGGGCUCACUCUCUUGAUCCAUGGGACAGAGUAGUCACUGUCAUUGCCGCCCGCUGUUGCUGUUGCUGCAAGUGCUGCAAUUCUAAAGAAGAAGAUGAGAAGGCGAAACUUGAAAAUUUGGCUAAUGGAAUCGAGAUAAAUGAUAAUACGAUGACGACUGUUGAAAUCAUAGAGCCCAAGAAAACAGUGGACAGUUGCGAAAUCCUGAAGGCAACAUCUUUAUAGACUCAAACAAAGCAUUAUAGGUUAUUAUUAAACAUAUCUAAAUCAAACUGGCUUUGAUUUUUGGUACCCAGAGUUGACAGUAUGCAAUAUCAGUGGACUUUAAAUAGUUUUUGUCACUCUGUAUUUCUUAAAUUAAUUUUUUUUUAUACAGCAAUGCUAUUUUUAUAGGACAUUGUAAAUGUUGCAAUAUAUUUAAAUAUACAAUCUUAUGUUACACACUGUGAGAUCUGGUGAUUGUUGUCGUACUUGUUCCAAUGUGAAAAGGAUACUUGUUUAUUUUUAAUACCAUUCGGAGGAUAUAAAAGCCAAAGACAAAUAUAUAUUCAGAUUUAAAUAAGACGUCAACCCUGAUCUGUGCAUUGUUCUUUAUUCAUGAUAAUGUUCUUUUAUUUAUGUCAAAUAUUUUAACAUGUGCCUUUCUAUACUGUAAAAUAUUAUUAUGAUAUUAAACAAUAAUUUCCUGC